CUUGCGCUCUUCCGGUCACCCGGGGCGGGGCAGGCGGCGGUCGGCUCCCACUGCCGAGCUCGGACCUCCCCCCUCCGGCGACACUUGCUCUGGGCCAUGGCAGCGGCGUGGGGACGGUGGGCUCGGGCAUGGCUCUGCAGAACGGCCUGGCAGGGCUGCGGCCGAAACUACCGCGCCGCGCUGUGCGCCGAGUUGAAGCGGCCCCUGGUCAUUGAGGAGGUGGCCCCUCGCCCUGUCCAGCCGCACGAGGUCAGAGUUGAUGUUCAUUUCUGUGGGAUUAACUUCGCUGAUAUUUUGGCCUGUCAUGGUCAGUAUCAGAAAAGGCAUCAACUUCCCUUCACUCCCGGAAUGGAGUUUUCUGGGAUUGUAUUGGAGACAGGCACAGAUGUCAGCAUGGUGAAAGAGGGAGAUCGAGUUAUUGGCCUGCCGAGCUUUAAUGGUAUGGCUGAAGAAUGCAUCAUUGACCACAAGAACCUGUGGCAGAUUCCAGAAAAGGUGUCCCUCCGAGAAGCGGCUGCCCUGCCCGUAUCCUAUGGCACUGCUAUUUUCGCCCUGGAGCGUCGGGCCUGUACCCAGCCUGGAGAAACUGUUUUAGUGACGGCAGCAGCUGGAGCCACAGGCCUCGCCAUGAUAGAUGUGGCAACAAACAUUCUUCAGGCCAAGGUAAUAGCUGCAGCCGGAAGUGAUGAAAAGUGUCAGCUGGCGAUGCAGAGGGGGGCACAGUCCAGCGUGAACUACAGUCGGGGCAGCCUUAAGGAGGCAGUGGGGAAGCUGGUGGGCAGUGGCGGGGUGAACGUGGUCGUUGACAUGGUGGGAGGAGACGUCUUCCUGGAGGCUCUCCGCAACUGCCUGGCGUCUGAGGGCAGGAUUGUGGUGAUAGGUUUUGCUGGAGGAACCAUUGCUUCUGUACCAGCCAAUCUUCUGCUCCUGAAGAAUGUUACUGUCAUGGGGCUGUACUCGGGCAGAUACCGGCACCAGAACUUUCCCAUCUUCUCCAGAAGCCUGUCCUCAGCACUUCAGUACUGCCAGGAAGGGCGCAUCCAGCCACACAUUGGAGAGGUUUUUAAACUGGAAGAGGUCAAUGAUGCCUUUCUUCAUGUCACACAGCGUAAAUCCACAGGCAAGAUGCUUCUCUCCCUUAAAUAAAUUUUCGCUUCAGCAAA